AUGGCCAAGUCCGACAAGAAGAAACGUCAUCAAAAUGGCAAAAAAUACACGACCAAGAAGAAUCGAAACGUCAUCGCACAGCAAAUUCGUUCCACCAAGUCCCAGACCAACGCCAUUUUCUCCCUCACGUCGUCUUUCAAUCCAAAUCCCAAAACUUUAGGCCCUUUCAGUGACCGGCAACGCAUUUUAGUGGUCGGCGAUGGUGAUUUUUCCUUCUCGUUGUCUCUUGCAGUCUUUUUGGGAGGGAAAAAUCUAGUCGCCACUUGCUAUGAUUCGAAGCUGGAACUGAAGGAAAAAUACUCGAGUGCAUUGCUUAAUUGCGAUGCGCUGGAGACAGCAGGGGCUCAAGUGCACUUUGAUGUAAAUGCGACGUGUCUGGACAAGGAAAAGUGGCUCCAUGUCGCUCAACGAUUCGACGCAAUUGUCUUUAAUUUUCCGCAUCUUGGUGGCUCGACGGAGGCAGAUGUGGCGAAUAACCAAAAAUUGCUCAGGGGAUUCUUCAACUCGACUCGGCAGUAUCUGCACCCGACCCGUGGACAAGUGCUUGUGUCGCUGCGUAAUACGCUAUUCUAUAACCGCUGGAAAAUUCAAGAGCAGGCUGCGGUAAAUGGCUUCCAGCUGAAACGGACGGAGGUGUUUGACGCGAGUAUUUACGCAGGCUACGAGCCACAGCGUACCCACCCGGCAUCAUUCAGGGGCGAGCCACCAUCUACAAAUGGAGCUCACUACUUUAUCUUUAGUUUGGACAAGAGCAUUAUAGAGAUGGAUUCAGGUCAAAAGUCCUUUCAACCGUCAGAAAAUGUCGAGCAGGCUCGCGGGAGUGCUACGAAACAGGGAGUGCUGGAAACGAAAAUGGCUGCAAUGUCCACAAAAAUGACUUGUCAACCCUGUGGUCUCACAUUUCGAGAUGUAAAGAAAUACAAUGGACAUAUAAAUUCGGCCAAGCAUGCGAAGAAGGUCAAGGCACUGAAAAAGAAGCACUAA